AUGCUCAAGAGGGUCAUCUAUGAGUGGGGGAUCAAUAUGGAGCGCGCUAUCAUUAUAUCGGAUACUGCAGCGAACAACGAUACAACCCUGGAGGUUCUCUUCAAAGUGAUAGGCCUACUAACAGAUGUGGAUGAAGUCAAGGCCCACCGGGUACGCUGUUUUGGCCACAUCUUCACCUUCAUCGCCAAAGCCUCCCUCUCAGGCUUCGUGGUUGAUGCCUUCGAUGAUGAAGUUAAGAUGGAAUACAUUCUCGAUAUCAAAGCCUGGAAGCAGCAUUAUGACCUAAUUAAAGCCGAAACUGUGGUCAAUUCGCAAGCACAAGGCCACGCAGAACAGGAUACUGGCGAUGAUACUAUUCAGAGCCCAUCGUCGCCCGCCAACAGGCACGGAGGGCACCCAGUCCGGUCUAGCAACUUACCCACUCAGCUCGAGGGUUACGAAGUUAACAUCCCUUGCCCUAGGCGCCGCCUUCAACAGUCUCAACAGUCACAAUUAAACGAAGAUGCCCUACGCAACCUACCUACCUCUAUGCGAGAUAAAUACACCCACCCCUUCGCCCGUGAUGUAAGUAAAAGAGUUGGCAUCGCUGCCGCCGAGGGCCGCUAUAUCGCUGCCUCGAUCCAAUGCGCCUGGUCUAAGCUCAAUAUCUACUACCCUAAGCUCGCUGACUCGCCCUUAUUUGCGGCCUCUAUUAUCCUACAUCCCGAGUACUCGAUGACGUAUCUCGAAGGUACUACAAGGCAAAGCUUGAGGCUACGGAUGAACCCAUUGGGCGGUGGUUGUCAGUCAAUGCAUCCGGGGACCCUCGAGUCCUUACAAUGCCUCAAGAUUGAAGCCGGACUCGCGGCAUACGGUUUUGCAAUCUCCUCGCGCAUCCCAUUGGGAAAGAAUACCGCGAGGAUAGCGGCGAGCUCGGAUGAUGAUCAAAUAGAGCCAAUUCGGGUCAGAAAGCGACUCUUACUGCCACACUUGGUCGAUUUGCCAAGUUGA